UAGUUUCGCAUUUCCAAAGAUAUUCCGAAAUCAAAUUUGUUGCUUUGUAUUAGUUCCCUGUCAACAACUUUCGCAUUAACACUCCAUUCUCAUCUUCAUCUUCUUCUUCUUCAGUCACACACCAAUUAACAAUGUCUCAUACUUGUUUUCUCACUCCCUCUUCCUCUCUUACAUUCAACUCCCCCUCUCCUUCUUCUUCUCACUCUCACAUUCUUUCUCUCUCCUCCAACUCUUUUCUCUCCGGGAAAUUGAGAAAAUCUGUGGAAAUUCGAAAGACUUCUAAAAAAGCUACUGUGAAAGCUGUGUAUGGUGAUGAAUUUUGGGCACCUCAGAGGAGUUUGCGUCGGGGUAUUUGGUCCAUGAGGGAGGAUUUGCAAGUACCAUCUUCCCCUUAUUUCCCUGCCUACGCACAAGGACAAGGGCCACCUCCAAUGGUGCAGGAGCGUUUCCAGAGUGUUAUAAGUCAGCUUUUCCAAUAUAGAAUAAUCCGUUGUGGUGGAGCAGUUGACGAUGAUAUGGCAAAUAUUAUAGUUUCUCAGCUUCUUUAUCUUGACGCUGUUGAUCCAAACAAGGAUAUUAUCAUGUACGUAAAUUCUCCAGGAGGAUCGGUUACAGCUGGUAUGGCAAUAUUUGAUACAAUGAGGCAUAUCAGACCUGAUGUGUCCACUGUUUGUGUUGGAUUGGCGGCUAGUAUGGGAGCUUUUCUGCUUAGCGCUGGGACCAAAGGAAAAAGAUUCAGCUUGCCAAAUUCAAGGAUAAUGAUUCAUCAACCGCUCGGUGGUUUUCAAGGAGGGCAAUCUGACAUAGAUAUUCAGGCAAAUGAAAUGCUGCAUCACAAGGCAAACCUGAAUGGAUAUCUCUCCUAUCAAACUGGCCAAAGUCUAGAGAAAAUUAACCAGGAUACAGACCGUGAUUAUUUUAUGAGUGCAAAAGAAGCCAAAGAAUAUGGACUCAUUGAUGGUGUCAUUAUGAAUCCUCUCAAAGCACUUCAGCCUUUGGCAGCUGCAGAAGAGGGUAAAGAUAGGGCUAUUGUUUGAACUUGGGACUGUAGUACUCUUAUUUCCUUGGUAUAAUUUUUUUUUAGUCCAGCUAAAUUUUUCACAGAUGUUGAUAUCAAUAUAACGGUGUACCAAGAAAUGAGGCAAAAAUGAUACUUAGUAGUGUUAGUAAUGUAUUGCCUCAGUUUAUACUGCUUAAAGUUUCCUUAACGGAUCCUGGAUUUGCUUUUUUACUUAAAGCAUUUAUUCUAUUGUAUUACAUGUGUUAUCUCCUUUA